UAAAUAAAUACAAACAUACAUAUAUAUAGCGCGUAAAUAAUAUAAUUUGAAUUAAUACGCACAUGGCAUCGCAUAACUGCGAUAUAAAUUGUAAAUAUUAACUAAAUUUAUUAACAAUAAAAAAAUAACAUGGACAGCCAUCGUCGGAGUAGCAUUGUAGAACCCACGGGUGGUGGUUACGUACCGGAUACAAGAAGUCAAUUGAACACGACUACGGUACAACCCAAGCCGCCGCAGCAGAGGGCCCCUGAAUUCGGUUCGAGACCGCCGCGUCCCGAAUUCUAUCAGCAAGGCCCAUACGGCGCGCCCAACAGGCCACAGGGACAGCAGCAACGGCCGCCGCCGCCUAGAGCUCCCGGUGACAAUAAGGCCAGCCCCUGGAAUCUUAUCCGGCAAACUCUGCCACCGGACGUCGGGGUCCGUGGUCCACCACAGUUGCAGCAACAGCGUGGGCCGCCACCGCAAAACUAUAACAACAUUAACAACAGCAUGCAACAAAGACCACCAAUGCAACAAGAACAGCAACAGUAUAGGCAGCAGAUGCCGAUGCAGGAUCGCCGUGGCCCUACGUCUCGGGUCACUGAAGAUAGGCCGCUUCCUCAGUUCAGGUCGGAAAACGGUAGACAGGCAAGACCCGUAGGAGGCGGUGCUGAUGAUGACGAAGAAGUAGUGGUUAACUCUUCCACUAACCAACAGAUGCAGCAACAGCCGGCGCUAAAUCGAAGAGAUUCGACGGUGUUUGCAGGCGGCCGAGUCGGUGACGGGACCACUGACCCUAACAAGCAGUGGCAGCAGAGAGCGGGAGCGCCGGGAACGGUACCGUACGGCAAACCGCAGCCGCAGGAACAACAAUACGGUAGACAAUCGUUGGUGAUACCCGAGGGACAGGAGCAGACACGUUUUCCGACGCAGGCAGCCGGCGGAUACAACAGCAACAGGCCCGUGGCGCCGCAAGAGGACGAUGGCGGCCUCAACGGUAGUAGACAACCGGCGCAGGUGCAAAAUGGCAUGCAAAAAAGAGACAUGCAACCACAACAACAACAACAACAACAACAACAGCAGCCACAGCAGCAGAAACAGCAGCAGCAGCAACAACAACAACAGCAAAAUUUAUUGACCAGACGGGACAGCGUGUUGGACUCGAAUACUGCAAAGGCCGGGAUGGACAUGAUGUCACGCAGGAACGACGGAAUGGCCGAGUACGGUCGGAAGCCAGCGCCUGACUUGCAGGAUGAAGGUACAGGUGGCAGGCGGCAGUCGGAGCUUAUCGGUGGUGUCCGUAGACCGCUGCCCGCGCAGGACUCGAUACAAGAAGAUGGGAGACGGCCGGCUGCUGAGUUCAAGAAAACGGAACAGGAAGACGUGAGUGGCAGACGUUUGACGGAUUUCAAAAACAACAGAUCAGAAGCCGGUCCCGCCGCCGAGUACGGAGCAGCCAGCAGACAGGUGACCCAUCCGGACGACAGGCCGUCCGUCAGAGAUUACGAACAGUCGCGUCACGAGCGCAAAGCGUCGCUGGAAAAAGAUCAGCCUGUCCAGAGGCCGACUUCUGUGGAACACGGCAACCGGGCGUCGGAACUUCGAAAGUUGCACUUCGAAGCCACUCAUUUGAAAGCGGUGAAGGAGCAACCGCGCGCGGCCAACGACGACGGCAGGGUAGCCUCGGCGCGGGGUAGGGAGCCGCCAGUGGAUGAGACGAGAGCUAGGGAUUACGCGGCCGCGGCUGUGAGGUCGACCGGCGACGGUGACCCGCCAAACGAACGGUACAGAGCGACGUUCGCCCCGGCGGCGGACCGCGUUGCUGGCGGAGACGACGAGGUCGUGCAGCAGUUGAGUAAAAACUCGAGGCCCGAUACUUUAAAAAUAAUUAAAGACAAUGACCCCCUCAAAGAUUCUUCAAACUCAAAAAGUGAUCGUCAGAACGACAACGAUGUGGGCAAGUCGCCGAGCAAAAUCCCGAAAAAAGACCGUUCAGAAUUGAAAACUCCCACCCGAGCCGUCACACCAAAGUCUCCUGCGGAGAGCGUGAUGUCCAUCGGACAGAAGAAGUUGCCGAUGAACAAAGUGCAAGUGGGGUCUGCGCCAUCUCCGAAUCUCAAGGUAGUCCGGUCGAAAGUCGGGUCACUGCAGAACACCAGUCACAAACCGGGAGGCGGACAAGUGAAAAUCGAAAACAGAAAACUUGAGUGGAAAGCCGGUACGAGGGUCGAGGCCAAAAACGACGCUUACGUUCCCGGCGGUGGCGACAAAAAGAUUCAAAGUGUUAAGCUGCAGUGGAAUGCCAAACCUAAAGUAGGUUCACUGGACAACAAAACCCACAAGCCUGGGGGUGGUGACAAAAAAAUUGAAACCGUCAAGCUUGAUUUUAAAGACAAGGCAAAACCGAAAAUUGGGUCCAAAGACAACAUUAAACACACUCCCGGCGGAGGAGCAGUCAAGAGCCAAUCCAUACAAUUAUUAGAAAAGGAAUCGCACGACAUAGAGGAUCAAAAAUUGGACAUAAAAGCCCAGAGCAAGGUCGGCUCGUUGGACAACAUGAAACACCGACCAGGGGGUGGAGAGGUGAAAAUAUUUGAUGACAAGAGUUACAUAAAACAGACGACUGCGGGACAGAUCGGAACGCCAACAAAAACGCAGCUCCGGAGGAGUUCUAGUUUGAAAAGUCCAUUAAGUAUGAAGUUAUAUAGCCCCGACGAACGACCCAAAAGCCAUGUGAAAAUUGUCGUUACACCAACAAGCGAGGAGGAUUUGUACAAUAAAAUAGCAACAGACAACACCAAAGGAGGGCCUAGACGAUCAGCAUACAUUCGAUCACCUUCACUACACAAUAACAUAGUUAUACCCGAAGAGGCAGUUAAAACAAAAAAAUGAUAAGAUGUAAUCAAAAUUUAAGAACUAUGUAUUUUUCCAUCUAUUGUGCAGAACGUUUUCAUAAAAACAUUCCAGAUGUGACAUGAGGUUACUACAUUUACAGUUCCUGAUAUUAGCAGCAUAGUUGAGAUGUUGGAAUUUAAUGUUUUAGAUAAUAUAUGGUACAAUAUGCACAUUUGUGUGAUGAUAAUAAUAAUAAUUAAUAAAUGGCCUAAUUCAAAUACUGAUACAAAAUCAAAAUAUAAUACAGUAAGUACAAGAGUAAUUAUGGGAUAAAUUGCAUAUUUAACUAAACAAAAAUUAAUAAGGGGAAAAAAUCAAAACAAAAUUCAGUACAUAAUAAAGUAAAAUUUUCAACAAAAAGAAAAAAAAAUGAAAUACAUUAAUCUUGUUACAGGUUUGAACUCGUGUCGAUUAUUUUUUAUACAUAUGUUUUUGGCCCAAAGCAAGUCAUAAUAUUAACUUAAAUUUUAACUUUUGGUCAAUGGUAGUAUUUCACUAACUAUUUACACUUUAAAAUUUAAAAUUUAAUUUGGUAUAACUAGAAUGUACUCAACACUCCAAAAUAAACCAGAUAUUCAUAACUCACUAAAAAAAAGUUAAAAAUGAUCGAUAUUAUUUAAGGGGUUUCCGGUAGAGAUGCCAGUCUUAAACUAUGAAAAUAAUCCAUUUCCAAUAUUUUUUCAGCAGACAUUCUGUUUGCCGGGUUGUAGGUACACAUUGCCU